UUUAACGAAUUCGUCUAAAAUUUGUUAAUUCUUCUUUGACUUAUCGAUAUCAAGACAUCCUUCUUUUUAAUUUACGCGCGCUUUGUACUUUUCAUCGACUGUCGAUUGUUUUGACCAUCCUUGUUUAAGCACGCAAUCGCAGAGAUUUAUUUAUUUCAAAUUAAUUAGAAAAAGAAAUUGCUUAUGUGUGUGGCGAUAAACGAUAAUAAAUAAGAAAUAAUAGGAAGUUCAAUCAUAAGGUUGUUGUCUCGUGAAAGCUAGGAGAAAGAAUUUACAAAAAGUGUGCUUGAUAAUGCGAUUCGGGAAAAAAUGUAGAAAGGAUGAGGUUGGAAAGGUUUAAAAAAUAUUAGCAAAGAAUGGUCGCUGAACAAAGAAGACGGGUCGAAGACCUUAUGACAAAAAUGAUUGAAGAAAUGGAUAAAGCAUUUUUAAGAAAAAUGCAGGCUAAUAUGCAUAGGUGUGCAGCUACCUGCUGUGAUAAUGAAAGUUACAGCAUAAUGCAAGUACAAAACUGCGUUGAAAAUUGCAGUUCUUCGUUAAACGAAACACAGAAUUAUGUUCAGAAUGAAUUUGUAAGAAUACAGAAUCGAUUACAAAGAUGUGUAAUGGACUGCAAUGAUACGAUAAAAGAUAAAAUGAGUAAUAAUCUAACACAAAAUGAAGUAGAUAGAUAUAGCAAUGAAUUUGAUAAAUGUGCAACAAAAUGCGUUGAUACUUAUUGCGACUUACUGCCUUCGUUGGAAAAAUCAAUGAAAAAUGUGCUUUCAAGUAAAGUUUGAAAAUAGUACAAGAGUAAAUAAAUUAUUCUUAUAAGACUUAAUAACAAAUUUCAACUGUCAAUAUAUAUCUUUUGCAACUUUUAUAUGUUUUAAAUAUAUAAAAUAGAUGUGAUGUUAAUGAAAACUGUUAAUAUUUAGAAACUUUCUUUUUUUAAGUGCAUUAAUGCAUUGGUGGUGUAUAAUACUUAAAGUUUUACAUACUUUAGUUAGUUUUCCUGUAUUACAAUUAAAUACAGUAGUUUUAUUUCAAUUAUUACAGAAGAUCUUACUUUGUCGUUUUUAAAAAGAAUUUAAUCGCUUCUUUUUUGUAGGCAUAAAUACUUGUUCAUUUGUACAUAUAUAAAAAAUAUGCACUUGUUCAGAUUUGUUCCUAAUGUUUUCCAAAAAAAUAUAGAAUAUAACAGUUAGAAA